AUGGAACAUGCAAAAUUCCUUUUCAAGUUGCAGCAUCAGAAGAUGCACGCAAAGCACCACAGCUGUGAAUCAGUGCAUGUGGUGAUGGUUCUUGUUCUCAUCACAACCUUGAUUGUUGCCAAGACUGUGCUUGUUCAGUGGAAGCAAAGGCAUUUGAUUGUACAAAGCGAGUAGCUUGUUAGAAAGACAACAUUAGUCACACUGCUGCAGAUGCGGGUUGUUCCUCUUUAUUUCACCAUCAGACUUUACUGGUGGAGAUCCCUGUCCAUGUGGCAAGUGUUCUCAGUUAUUACCGGGUACAUCACUUUCAGAGCAACCUGCAAGCCUGUCUCAGGGAGAACACCACAAUAUAGCCUUUUUUGCUGCAGUUCUCUUAUCCAUAGGUUGGUCUACAAAUGAUUCCUCCUGAUCUAUAAACUGAGUUGUGCAAUUGGAAUUGUGCGUUAUGUAGCCAUAAUGCUUACCAUGUUUGGAUUUAAUUUAUUCUUUAAAAUCAAGUCUGAUGACUCCAUGGAUUUUGGUGUGAUGUUGCUUUUUUACGGACUGUACUAUGGAGUGAUGGGAAGAGACUUUGCGGAGAUUUGUUCUGUCUACACGGCUUACACCAUUAGUUUUUACAACAUCAGUGGCAUACCAACAAGAAAUUUGUCCAAUGACAUCUGCACAGUCUGCGGGCAGAACAUUUUUGUGGAUAUAAAUGAAGAAGGGAUCAUUGAAAAUACCUACCAGCUGUCCUGUAAUCAUGUGUUUCACGAAUCCUGCAUCCAUGGUUGGUGCAUUGCUGGCAAGAACCAGACUUGCCCAUACUGUGCUGAGACAGUUGAUUUGAAGAGAAUGUUAAGUAACCCAUAUAUCCUCUCCUUAACAAGUGUGCUUUUGAUUUGGAUUUUCUAA